AUGGGAAACGCCUCUUCCACUCUAGGAUCUCCCGAGCUCGAUCCGCCAUUUCCACUACAAAAUCCCCAUGGUCUGAGUCUCCAAUACCUUGGAUCACCUGAGCUUUGCCGUGAGCUCCGCCAGCCUAAGCUACUAGCUUGGUACGUACAUGGACUUCAAGGUAAAUUUUUAAGAUUAUACAUACAGAUGGCAGUGGCAUUCUAUGACAUCAACUCAGUUGCUAGCCUUAAGAAAUUGGCCGGUACUUGCUCGCUUGCAGCUACAUCAUUAGGUAUCAAGCAUCAAAGGAUGAUAUCACUGUGCAUGCUGCUCGUUCCAAGCACCCAUCAUCUAAAUAAGUGAAUGCAUCACAGUGGUACAAGCACAUUGCUACCCUUUUUAGGAUUUCGUAAGUUUUCUGCUUUGAUUCAUUUCAUUACUUUUAUUUAUCAAUGUCCUGUAAGGUUAUGAGAUGUCGAUUGAAUGGUAUAUGAUAUUGUAAGGGUGUUUUUGGAGAAGACUAGUGUCAGAAUUGAGGGAUGUGCUCCCAUCAACUAUCACAAGGG